AUGGUAUUUUUUAACCUGCGCCGAGUGCCCCCCCAAAACGCAACCGGGAAGGUUGUUGUUUUUGGUGCGACGACGGUGGUAGGUCAGACCCUCUCCCUGCUUUUGAAGCUCUGCCCGCAUGUAACAGAGUUGUGCUGUUGUGGCCCUUUGACUAAGGUGGGUCAGGGGGCAAACGUGGGGUUGGUGCGUGGCGUGGCUGCAGAUCUUUCUCACAUUGACACUAACACCGGUGUGAGGGCGUUUGAAGAUCCGUGCGAUUGGGAGCUGGCCCUGCGUGGGGCUCGACUUGUAUUGUUUUGCUCUGGGAGUGCGUUCGAUCCAUGUAGGGCUCAGCUUGACAUGGCAUUGAGAGAGUCUGGUCCAGAAUUGAUGUCGGCAAUGACUCUGGUGGCUAAGGUAGCCCCAAAGGCCAUUAUUGGUGUUGUUUCAAGUCCCGUUAAUGCGCUUGUGCCCCUUGCAAGGGAGGUGUUGGUGCGCAACGGUGUGUUUGAUCCGCGUAAGCUGUUGGGUGUCACGAGCCUUGACGUCAUUAGGACAAGAACUUUCGUGGCCGAAGAACUGCAAAUGAAUCCGUUCGACUUGAAUGUGCCGGUGGUGGGCGGUAGAGGAGGUGUGACUGCGUGUCCUCUUGUGUCGCAGACUACGCUGCAGAUUCCUCACGAGCGGAUUAUCCAUGUGUGUAACCGGGUCCAGUCGUGUGGAUCUCAUUCCACCUACGGGGCGAGUGGUGUUGCUUGUGAGUUGAAGGAUGAAAAGGCGGCUUCCGUGGAACUACAGCCAAAGGUGGCGUUAUCGUUGGCGCAUGCCGUUCUGGAGUGGUCUGUGUCGGUGCUGAAGGCUCUGCGAGGGGACCGCGGCAUCGUUGAGUGUUCCUUUGUGGAGUCGACAAUGCGGAAGGAGACACCUUUUUUUGCGUCACGUGUGGAACUUGGCGAGGAAGGUGUGGCGCGACUUCUGCCGCUGGGUCUUCUCACGGCGUACGAGAGGGAGCUGGUGGAAACAGCGGUACCUUUUAUAGCGGGGGAUGUUGAGGCGGGGUUGCGCUUUGCAGCUGGAAGGCCUGAGGCGGCCCUGUAG